ACAAAUUUUUAUAAUUUUUUUGAAAGUACACUAUUCUUGUCUUGUCAGAAAAACUAGUUUGGUGGUGAAGAUAUCAUUUAAACUUCAGUGUUGAUUUUUUAAUUUGAAAAUAAUGUAUAAUCCUACACAAAUAGCAUAUGGACCUAGUGAAGGUGCACCGCCUUUAUCGCAUCAACAACAACCGUUGAUGAGUUCAAUGAGCCCACCGCCGGUUCAAGCAGGUAUGCCACCAUAUCCUGGACCUCCUGGUCCACCUGGUAAUCAAAUACCACCUCCAGGCUAUGCACCACAAGCAAAUUAUCCACCAGGGCCGGGGUUUCAAUACCCAAUGGCAAAUGCACCAGGUGCACCUCCAAUGAUGGGUGGACCUCCAGGACCACCAGGUCCAGUUAUGGCACAACCAACCGCUGAAGCCAAUUGGAUGCAUGCACCACAAAGACCUGUUAAUUGUCCACCAGGUCUUGAAUACUUAACAAUGAUCGAUCAGCUGUUAGUACAUCAAAAAGUUGAAUUACUUGAAGUUUUCACUGGAUUUGAAACACGUAAUAAAUUUGUAAUAAAAAAUUCGUUAGGACAACAAGUAUACUACGCCGUAGAGGAUUCUGAUUGUUGUACUCGAAAUUGUUGUGGUCCGAUGCGACCAUUUGAUAUGCGAAUAUUUGAUAAUUUUCGCAAUGAGGUCAUACAUUUAAAUCGUCCACUUGCUUGCGAUUCAUGCUGUUUCCCAUGUUGUCUUCAAAGUGUUGAAGUGUCGUCACCUCCUGGAACUGUAAUCGGUACUGUCGAACAAAAUUGGAGUCUAUGUUAUCCAUCGUACUCCGUCAAAAAUGAAUUUGGAGCGACUGUACUAAAUAUUGAAGGACCAUUAUGUAAAUUCUCAUGUUUUGGAGACGUUAAAUUCAAAGUGAUGUCAGCUGAUGGAUCCACAAAAGUUGGUAAAAUAUCAAAACAAUGGUCUGGUCUGAUCCGUGAAGGUUACAGUGAUUCUGAUAAUUUUGGUAUUACGUUCCCCUUGGAUUUGGACGUCAAAGUUAAAGCCACGUUAUUGGGUGCUUGCAUGUUGAUUGAUAUGAUGUUCUUUGAAAAGAGCAACAACAAUUAAGUGAAGCAGCAGCGGCGCUGAUUUAUUCUCCAAAAUGAUGGCUAAUGGAUGGAUGCACUCAAAAGCCUCAAUUCCAAUUUUUUUUGAAAUCCCACUGUUUUUUUUUUUAAUCAAAUUUACUAUUAGUUUUAACUAUUCGUUGUUUUUGUUUGUUAGGUUUAAGAUACUGAUAAAACUGCGCUGAAUAUAGUCAUUAAUCAGAGUCAGGGUCAGGGUCGUGUCUUAAAAAGUGGCACAAAUCUAUAAAGCACGAUCAAACCAUUUGUACGUCACGUCACGGCACGCACAAGCGGGAAGAAUGCGACAUUUUUUAGUACUAGGAUACGGUAUUGUAAGA